AAAGUUGAAACCUAUCAAGACGGGUGUUUGGGAACGAAGGGCAAACCGUAAACCCACCGGUUUCCUACCACUCCUCCUCUCGGCAUCUCAUCUGUGGAUCGGGGUUUCUCACUUUUUUUUAUCUAAAAUCCCAGUUCACAGGAAAACAAAAUCCACAGAGAGUGAGAGAGCGGUGAGAAUGUCGAAGAAGAAGGCAUUCGGCGGCUCAACUAUGACCCUUAAGGACUUUCAUGGCGGCUCUAUCCCUUCCGAUAUUCCUCUCCCCUCUGCUCCUGGCGCAGUGGUGAGGCCUUCGGAUCGUUCUGGGUUUGACCGCCAUACAUCUUGGGGAAACCCUACGGGAAGGCCCGAUUAUCGUUCCCGACCCAACUCUUCCCCAGCGACCAGAAAUUUUGAUGACAAAACUCCAUUCCUUGCUCAUACAGUACACAUUGGUAGGAAUUUUGACGAGGAUGAGCGGAAGCCCUUAGAUGGUGUAUCAGCCCCACGGCGAACUGUUAGUGAUGAAAAUAUUAAUGUUCCGCUGACUCGUGUGGAACCAAAGACAGAUUAUACAUCCUCAGGGAGGUUGGCAGGGCGACAGGUUUCAACUCCGGUCUCACAGUUGCCAAGUGCUUCUGCAAGUUCUUACUCAGCAAGAUUGGCUGAGGCAACUCAAGGGGGGUCAGCUCACGUGGGGGUGAUUCCUGGGAAUUCGAUGGGUCAUGGUGGGCAGGCUGUUUCUGGCUCUUAUCCAAAUGCAUGGGCUGCUAGGAAAGAGGCUGUUGGCAUUGCUGAGCCUGGGCAGUCUGCCUGGUCUGGGUCUGUUGCUGAAUCAAAGUUUGCUCAAGCAAGUGCCCUUGAAAAGGUAUCUUCAGGUAGAUGGCAGUCAAAGCACUCAGUCCAUCAUCAGCCAGAUGUUGAGGUUAUUAGACAUUCUGAAACUGAGAGUAGCUUGCACACCAAGGGUGGUAUUGAUAAUUAUGCCUUAAAUGGGAUGGAUGUGGUGAACGGGGGGGAACAUUAUGAUGCAUCAUUAGCAAGGCAUGCUGAAAGGGGUUUGACUAUCAAAGAUGGGUUUUGGGCUGGUGGCAGGGAUGUAACAGUCUAUGGGAGUGCUAGGUCUAAUAUACAUCGAGAAGCAAAAGAGAGGAACCCUCAAUCUUACAAUGAUGGGGUUCAGGUGUCUCCUACCAAUGGAAAAUCUGGUAGGUCUGAAUUCCAGCCACCAGUGCCUUCAGAUGCAGCAGAGAGACCCAAGCUGAAGUUACUUCCUGCAUCAAAGCGGUUGGACGGUUUGGAGCAACCCGUUAAUGAUUAUAAGCUGGGGCACAAUUGGUCAAGUGACCCUAUUCAUGCUGAAACUGUUACUGAAUUAUAUGGAAAUACGAAUCCUGCAAGAACAGGGUUAGCUGGAACUGAGACAGAGAGUCGUGCAGCAGAGCGUCCAAAAUUGAAUUUAAAGCCCCGGACACAGUCUCUUGAAAGAUUGGAAGGAAAUGUUGAAAGAGAAAGGAACACAUUGUUUGGUGGCGCUCGCCCACGAGAACUGGUUCUGAAAGAGCGGGGAAUUGAUGAGGUUGCUAUCAACAACCAUGAUGUAGGUCAAUCUUCCAUUAGGGUCAAACAUGAUGGUCCCAAGAGUGACAUGAUUCCUGGGAAUGCGGUUCCCACUCGUUUGAGUGAAAAGACCACGAAUCUUCCUCUUGAUGAUAGGAUUGGAAAGACUGCUGAGAGGAAGGAUCACAGGGUAGAAGCUGACAGAACUGAUGUGCAGAGGAGGAACUGGCGUAAUGAUAACAGGAAGAACAUCAGGGAGACAGAAAAGCCGAAACCACAGCAGCAUCAGCAGCAGGACAGGCUGCCUUCACCAGAGACCUGGCGCAAGCCGGCUGAGCAGCCAAGGCCAGCUUCUCCAGAUGCUAAUGGCCUGAGAUACGGUAAAGUAGCUUCAGCUGUUGAGCUUGCCCAAGCAUUCUCAAGUUCAGUCUCAGAUCAGAAGACAACUGACCGAUUGUCUACCCAAAGGGCCCUCCCUGGCCGGGGCCAGAUGCCUUUCUCAAGGUUGAUGGGUUCAGGCCCAAGGCCUCAGAUUAAUGGUUACUAAGAUCCCUUAUUGUGGUUGGGUGGGCAGUUGGCCAUUACUUGGUAGCGGAGAUGCUUGUUAAUCGCUCAAGUGGCGCUUAGGGUGUGGAGAUGCCUUAGCCUGCACCUGAAUUUUCUUUUCUUUUCCUUUUCAGAUAAAGGAUUGUUAAAGAAAAACAAGGAUUGGCAACCUGGGCUGUAUUUCCCUCCUAUUUUAUCUCCUUAAGACUUAAGGUUUUUCAUCCUUUAAGAAGGAAUACUUAUUUAUUUGACUAUUUAAUUUGAAAAUGAAGCUUUUAUAGGUUGAAUUACACAAUGAA